GUUUUCCUGAGAGCUUUUCCUGGCUAUCGUUUCUGGGUACCAGUGCCUCCGUGAAUGUGAAGAUUUCUGACGCCAGUCGUUAGUCCUAGUCGAGAUCAAGCCCCUACUGCUACUGAGCAACUUUCAUCCAUGACGGCCAAAAUCACCGCACACACCGUCGACGCAGACGCCAACAAGGAUACGCAGACGCGUAUUUUUGACUUAAGUGCAUCGUACGCUCCAGAAAUACUCGAAUUCUGGGUACAUAAGCAUCAUAUAGCCAAAGCGGAGGCCGAUUCUCUGAAGGCAAGAAUGUCGCUGGCGCAACAUGAUAUUAGCCCCCUGCAACAAGAAGUUCGACAAGUCUCGGACUUGAUCUCAGGAGUACAGGGUGAAAAUGCACAGCGCAGGACGCACGAGCAAGAGCUCCGCGAUCUUCUUGGUCGGACACAGACUGAAUUACAGGUCUUGAAGACCAGAAUCGAGAACAUGGAAAAGGAUAAGGAAGGAGUGGCUGUAAAAUUACUCCGGGCUGAGAGCGCCGGAGCGGACGGCGAACAGCAGAUCAAGAUGCAUCAUUUGCAAGCUGAGAAAUUGUCCCUAGAGACGCAAAAUAAUAGGCAGAGAAAGGUGGCGGAGAUGUUCCCAAAUUCUGGGUCCUUCUUUGACCCAGAAACGGUGGCCUACGAUGCCAUUACCCUCGAACCAUCUCGGAUGCAAAUGCUCGUCGAUAAACUACCUUGGAAAAAUGAAGAUGGAACCGCUAGGAGUUCACUCUGCUUUCUUCCCCGACCUCCAGCCUGCAUGCCUCUACAUGUCACAGCCUGCGGCCAACACGGAUAUUGGUUCAGCCAUCCAUUCACACUCAGCCCUGAUCAGCCGUUCGAACUGAUCGUUGAAGGGAAGCUGGGUCAGUGGUUAUAUCUUGGCCGGUACACCACAAAGGAAAUGGAAGAUUAUCCUAUGCAACUUUCAGAGUGGAUGAUACUUGAUGACGCAACUAAAAAUCAAUACUGCGUCCAACGUGCGGCCUCGAUGACUUCUGGCCAUACUGUCCCAUUCACGGCAAUACUCGACAUAAAAAGCAGUCUCGAUUCUGGAAUGCUCAAUGUCCCCUGCUUCAGCUUGCUCUGCGUUGGUUUCUCUGUAUACUUCUACAACGCUCUGAAGACUGUAGCGGCGGACUUGGCAGGGAGCCCGAUUCAGACGAGGGAUCUCGUGGGCACUCCAAAUGAGGGGUCUCAUGAGCCGUAGGCGAAAUGGUCGGUAGAGGUUUUGGUAGGCUACUCAAUCAAAUAUGUGCAGUUUUCC